AUGGGGAUGAAGACGUCGGCCGUUCAAGUGAGCGAUGUGCAAUUUGACAAGGUUGCAGGAUCAUCAGCUGAUGAUAAAGCCAUUGUUCUAAGGUGCAGCAAAAGCAAAGCUUGCACAGACAUUACAUUGGCGAAUGUAAAUAUCACAUCUGCAAACCCUAAAGAGCCAGCAACAGCCUUCUGCUUUAAUGGAUCUGUGCGUGCUUUUACCUUUCUACUUUUUGCUUCACUUGCGGUUGGGGUAUUGUCGGGUCCGAUCUACAAUGUCAUAGAUAAAGGAGCCAAAGGAGAUGGCAAAACAGACGACGCCCAGGCAUUGACGGACACAUGGAAUGCAGCGUGCUCGGAUUCUAAAGCUCCAACUUUUCUCAUACCUUCAGGGUAUACAUUCUUGGCGCACCAACUCUACUUCCGGGGGCCUUGCAAGUCUUACAUCAAUGUACAGGUUGAUGGAACUAUUAUGUCGCCCUACAAAAUUCGGGCGGUAAGGGAGAACCAUUGGAUUAGCUUUGUAGGUAUUGAAGGGAUAACAAUUAAUGGAACAGGCUACAUCGAUGGUCAAGGCGCUGUUUGGUAUGAUUGUAGAGCUAAGCAGAAAUGCAAGAAUGGACCCACUGCAUUUGUUGUUAGAAAGUGCACACAUGUCAACUUGAAAGGCUUAAAUUUCAAAAACAGCCCUAUGAUGCACCUCACCAUACAAAGAUCUUUUGUGGUUAGUGUGAGUGGGAUCACCAUUACAGCUCCUGAAGAUAGUCCUAACACGGACGGUAUACACGUCCAAAGAAGCCGUCACAUUCAAAUCUCGCACUCUGUCAUCGGUACAGGAGAUGAUUGCAUAUCUAUUGAGACCAACACCAAGGAUGUUAAUAUCAGUCAUGUAAGAUGUGGUCCAGGCCAUGGCAUAAGUAUUGGAAGCUUGGGUGAAGACAACUCCGAAGCCAAAGUGGAGGGGAUUCGUGUUUCCCAUUGCCAAUUCAAUGGGACUACAAAUGGAGUAAGAAUAAAGACAUGCCAGACUUCGGCUGUUCAAGUGAGUGACGUGCGAUAUGUUGAUUUGGUGGGAUCAUCAGCCACCGAUGAAGCCAUCCUCAUCAAGUGUAGCCAAAGCCAUCCUUGCACAGACAUUGUCCUGGACAAUGUCAGACUCAAAUCUGCAGAUCCACGGAGGAACAUCACAAACUUCUGCUUCAAUGCGUUUGGAACAAAGAAACAUCCGAUCGUCCCGGCGCUCUCGUGUUUGACGCCAAAUUGA